AUGAGUUCUGUUAGUCGGACAAGUACGAGAGAAGGUGCGUUGGAGAAUUUUGAGGAUAGAAACCUGCCGAAGAUUAGACUGGCCGAAGUAAGAGAACACAAUACAGCACAUGACUGUUGGAUGGCUAUUCACGGUAGAGUAUACGAUGUGACGCCUAUACUAUCGAAACAUCCCGGUGGUUGUCAGAUCCUAUUGAAAUACGCUGGAAUGGAUGCUACCUUUCCAUUUGAUGAUGUAGGUCACUCGAUGGAAAGCCUGAUUUACGAUAUGCCCUCAGGAACUUUGAAAGGUUUGCUUGAUCCUAGAGAUAGGCCUAUGUACAAGCAGCAUGAGAGCGGUUACGAAGAUCCGGAGGGAAAGGACACAGAAUGCAUAACCAUGGGCCACGGUCAAGCUGAAAACAGUUACUUGAUCGUGAACAGACUCUACACUUCGAUACUCUAUUUUACAAUAAUAUUUUGCGCUUUACUGCUGCUCUUCGUGAGAAUCAGGUGGCGUCCAGACCUGGGGAACUCCCACGCAACUGACAUGCACCAUCAAGACGGCGCAUCUGCAUCGCUAGACCUUCAUCAAGAGUUUGAAGAGAACAGCAUACCGGCAUGGGCUUACUGA